GGCGGGGCUUUCUCGGGUGACGGUAUCGGGGCGCCGCAGGCCUGGCGCGCUUUGGAGUUUAGAACGGGAGCGGGAGCGCGUGGCCAUGGCAGCCCAAGAAGCGGAUUUGGAGUCGUUGGUAACGGGUUUGUACGACGUGCAGGCUUUUAAAUUUGGGAACUUCGUACUGAAGAGCGGGCUCUCUUCCCCCGUUUACAUCGAUCUGCGCGGCAUCGUGUCUCGACCACGUCUUCUCAGUCAGGUUGCAGAAAUUUUAUUCCAAACUGCCCAAAAUGCGGGAAUCAAUUUUGACACUGUGUGUGGAGUACCUUAUACAGCUUUACCAUUGGCUACAGUUAUCUGUUCAACCAACCAAAUUCCAAUGCUUAUUAGAAGGAAAGAAUCAAAGGAUUAUGGUACUAAGCGUCUUGUAGAAGGGGCUGUUAAUCCAGGAGAAACCUGUUUGAUCAUUGAAGAUGUCGUUACCAGUGGAUCUAGUGUUCUGGAAACUGUUGAGGUUCUUCAGAAGGAGGGUUUGAAGGUCACCGAUGCCAUAGUGCUGCUGGACAGAGAGCAAGGAGGCAAAGACAAGUUGCAGGCACAUGGGAUCCAUCUUCACUCAGUGUGUACAUUGUCCAAAAUGCUGGAGAUUCUCGAGCGACAGAAAAAAAUUGAUGCUGAGAUGGUGGAGAGAGUGAAGAGAUUUAUUCAGGAGAAUGUUUUUGUAGCAGCUAGUCAUAAUGGUUCUCUCUGUUCUGUAAACAAAGCUCCCGCUCCCGGAGAACUCAGCUUUGGUGCACGUGCAGAGCUGCCCAGGGUCCACCCAGUUGCAGCGAAGCUUCUCAAGCUUAUGCAAAAGAAAGAGACUAAUCUGUGUCUGUCUGCAGAUAUUUCAGAGUCUAGAGAGCUGUUGCAGCUAGCUGAUGCUUUAGGACCCAGCAUCUGCAUGCUCAAGACUCAUGUAGAUAUUUUGAAUGAUUUUACUCUGGAUGUGAUGAAGGAGUUAACAACUCUGGCAAAACGCCACGAGUUCUUAAUAUUUGAAGACCGGAAGUUUGCAGAUAUAGGAAAUACAGUAAAAAAACAGUAUGAAGGUGGUAUCUUUAAAAUAGCUUCUUGGGCAGAUCUGGUCAAUGCUCACGUGGUGCCUGGUUCGGGGGUCGUGAGAGGCCUGAGAGAAGUAGGCCUGCCUUUGCACCGGGGGUGCCUGCUCAUUGCAGAAAUGAGCUCUGCUGGCUCCUUGGCUACAGGCAACUACACAACAGCAGCGGUUAAAAUGGCUGAAGAGCAUUCUGAGUUUGUGGUUGGUUUUAUCUCUGGCUCCCGAGUAAGCAUGAAACCAGAAUUUCUUCACUUGACUCCAGGAGUUCAGUUAGAAGCAGGAGUUUCCAGCGUCCCGACAAUCAAGAUAUCCAGACAGACCAGGUCCCAUCAUAUGACAAAAUGAAGCAUUAGAACUUCCUGGCAUGGAACUCUUAAGAGAAAUAAAUUGGAUAUAAAGACCUUCUCACUGGGACACAUCACCCAACCAUCUCAGAGGCUGCUGUCAGACAGGCUGAUGGGCGGUGACCAUCCAAGAGUUCUUCCCACAAACGCGACCUCACCAGGAGGGGCCUUGGGAGCUGAGAAGGGGGGCUCUACAGACACGGCUCUCCCUGACAACACCACCAUCUCUCCCCAUCUCUCCUCCCCCUCCACUUCCCAUCCUCCCUGGAGGGGCUAAGGCCUGAGUGGAGCCAGGUCCUAAGACGUCGGGAGCCCUGAGCAGGGGGAGGACAGAAGCCAGGUGGGAGAAACCGAAGGCCUCAGCACGCUGCCCCGAAUGAGAGGGACCAGAAGGUCUCAUUCCCAGCCAUGCUAAAAGCCACAGCUGUCGGAGUGCAGCUACGAGACAAGCCUAAGCAGAGAAACUGCUCGGCCCUUGCUCCCGGUCUGCAUUUUCAGUGCUGGCCCAACACGCACCACCCAGCAUUCCUUGGUGCCUCAGACACAGGUCCAACACUUACCUCCUCCUGAGUUUCAUCUGAGCACUGCCAGCUUCCUCCUCUUCACCACUGCCCCUCUCAGCCAGUCACAAGGCACCCACCAGCGGCCUAGUGCCCCAGGAUGGCCCUUCUCCGAAGCAGGCAGGAGCCAACACACUGGAAGCCCUCUCAAGAGAGGGAGGAGCCAGCCAGUUAAAAGGUGAUACUGGAGCAGAGAUAAAAGACCCCUUCCCCCUUCCCAUUUCCCCAUCUGUUUGUUGUUACCUGUAACCCAGCCCAACAGUUUAAUGAUAAUGAACCUCAAGCUUUGGUCCUAAUUAAACAAAUUAAAAAAAAAAAACAUCUCUCUUCCCCCAAAGAGGUGGCUGUUAGUUACCUUAAGAACUAGUCGGGCGCCUGGGUGGCGCAGUCGGUUAAGCGUCUGACUUCAGCCAGGUCACGAUCUCGCGGUCCGUGAGCUCGAGCCCCGCGUCAGUCUCUGGGCUGAUGGCUCAGAGCCUGGAGCCUGUUUCCGAUUCUGUGUCUCCCUCUCUCUCUGCCCCUCCCCCGUUCAUGCUCUGUCUCUCUCUGUCCCCCCAAAAAAUAAAUAAACGUUGAAAAAAAAUUAAAAAAAACUAGUCAAACAAGUGGAAUGAGGAUCCCUGGUUCUUU